GCUUGCUGCGGGAUUUUGCCGAUGAGGAUAUACUGGCUGCUACUCUUUGAGGCCUGGCAAAGUCUUGCGCGGCCAGAGCAUGUGGUAGUGCUGCCUCAAGGUGCUAUCGGUCUCUCCACACGCGGCAAAGCUCUGCGUGUUCGAGUGACUUCAUCGCUUCAGCCCACGGAGGUUGAGGACGAGCCCAGAGAGGUGCUGCCGGCUGAAGCAGAUGCGACCUUUCGCAUUUUCAAGGGCGAGGAAGAGGGUAUUGAAGUCGAUGGAGUUGGAGCUGUCUCCGUUCUUCGGCCGGGAGGUCGCAUCCCCCGGCUGCGGCUGCGUGACUCGCAGGGGCACCUGCUGACUGAGAGCAGCUUGAGCUGCGGACAGCUGCUGAACCGAAGAGCACAGG